AUGGCCAUUGCUCCAAUUACAGGUACUUUAAGAAGAAAGAUCUUCACUGAUAUAACCAUUGGUUUUGGUUGUGGAUUUGUUUUAGCUACUGCUUACUGGUACUUAGAACAUAAACCAAUCGUUGCUAAAAGAGAAGCUUACUAUGCUAAGUUAAAGGCUCAAAAGGAUGUCGAAGAUGCUGCUUAG